CGGCACAAGUGUGGUCAUUAUAGGGUGCAUUUAGUGACUCAUCCGUUUUGCUUAAUCCAAACCGGACGACGACGGCCGAAGUCCUCGGCCCGAAUGAUUUACUGUGGCCGGACCAAUUUGGGUCUUUGGGAAGCUUGUUUGUUUCUGAGUUUUUUUUUCGUUGCGGCAUUUCCACCAUCGUGCUGAAAAAGGAUGCAUUAUUCCUUGCGUUCCCGAGUCGCCGUCAUCCGGUGUCGCCGAACUGUCUGGGCGUGAAUGAGUCAUCAUCGCGAAAAACCUGUGUAAGAACGGUGUGGAGCGUCACCGUGUGCAGUUUCCUGGUUCGGCUUCGUGACGGAAGCGUGCAUUUAAAUGCCCGUUGGUGUGGAGCCCGCAAGCAGAACGGCUGCAGUUGCAGUUCGCUUUUGGUCUCGUGACUGUUCGCGUCGAGUUCAAGGAAAGUAAUGAAAAAUGAAUGUCAGCCAGGUGAAAAACAGUGCACUGUGAGGAUAUUGAUUGGACCGAUUGGUUGCUUAUUUCCAAUCGAGGUCACUUGUCGCUAAAUUGAUGUUUUGAAUUAUAGCAUAGCUGCAGUGGUAAUUAAAGAAAUAUUGUUGACUGAAUGUGUAUUCGAUUCGAUAGUAUUCAACGUAGUGAAGUUAACAGUAGAACAGUCUCAAAGUGGCGCACUACGGCAAUCAUAUCGAAUACCGUGCUGCAUUAAUAUCUAUGUGUUUGCUCAUCAACGCAAUCAAUAGUGUACUAAUUGGUGUGCUGAUUAAGCUGAAUUUGAUAACAACCGGAAUAAUUCUUUCACUUAAAGUCGGAUCUGAAACGUUAACAGCCAUGGGACUUAAAGGAGCGAAUAUUUUCAUAGAAAACGGCUUGCUAAGCUACGAAAAUCCCAACUAUCACAUGGACCCUUUGCGAAUGGAGCGCAACUCGCAUCUAUACGAGGAGAUAAUCUCUGAAUUGCAACAGCAAGGUACCCUACGGCCCGCUGGUGCAGUGAAUUUAGUGCGUGAUCCGAACCAAAUGCUCGGAACCAACCGGAAGGGAUACCUGGACAUUGGUACCAUGGGCGUCGAUUGCAAGGAAGUUGAUGGAUCUCCAAAGCACAAGCAGAAACUGCUAGAUGGGUCACCCAACGAAUCCGAAAUGCAGAAGGAUGAAGUUUCGGAAAAAGAGGAAAAAACUGAGGGAGAAAUUAAACAUAUAGCCGGCACACUCAAUGCUGAGGAUUUAUAUGCGCUGCCAAAUAAAAAGAAAGAUGAAAUUGGAGAAAUAGCUCCGGACGAUGACGUCAACGAGGAGGAAGAUGAUGAGAAGGACAAACAGGAGGAUAUUGAAGGUAUAGAGGACAAGGAUGAAACGAAGGAUCUUCCACCUGGUUGGGAAAAACAUGAAGACAAUGGAGGACCAUAUUAUUGGCACAUUAAAUCAGGAACAAUCCAACGGGAGCCACCAGUUUGGCCAAAAGAACCACCGAAAGAGCUUAGCAAAACUGCAACCAUGCCAACGCCUCGAUGCGUACAAAAUUCUAUGUUUUCGCAAACAUUGGCCAAUCUUUACGGUACACCGAAACCGGAAACUAGUUCGGCCUCGUCCAGCAGCGGUCGAUUGCAUGAAAGUAUCACGUCCGUCACGCGCAGCAGCACAAUUUCUGCUCUCGACCAGGAGGACGAACGCCGACGGAGGGAGGACAUAGCGUUGAAACGCCGAAGUUUUCCUCUCAAAUCGGACACGGACCGACCGAUCCGUUUUGCAGUUAGAUCCCUGGGUUGGGUGGAAAUUGCAGAGGAAGAUCUUACACCGGAGCGAUCUUCCAAGGCGGUUAACAAAUGUAUAGUGGAUCUAUCGCUCGGCAGAAAUGAACUGCUGGAUGUUGUCGGUAGAUGGGGUGAUGGCAAGGACUUGUUUAUGGACUUAGAUGAAGGUGCUUUAAAACUAAUUGAUCCGGAAACACUGACAAUACUAAACUCGCAGCCAAUUCACACGAUACGUGUCUGGGGUGUUGGCAGAGAUAAUGGAAGAGAUUUUGCCUACGUUGCACGAGACCGGCUUACCCGGAUUCAUAUGUGUCACGUGUUUCGGUGUGACACCGCAGCCAGAACGAUUGCUAAUACGCUUAGAGAUAUCUGCAAACGGAUAAUGAUUGAACGUUCCCUCCAGCUCGACGCUAACAGUUCCAGCUCGAGCAGUUCUCGCUGCGCAAUUCGUCCCACUGAUUUGCCGACCGAAAAUCGCCGAUGGAUUCGACACCCGGCAUCCUUUCCUACACCGAUGGAAGAACCAAAAAAGGUGCUCAAAGCACAGUACAUCGGUUCGACGGAGGUAAGCCAACCGACCGGAAUCGAUGUAUUGAACGAUGCUAUCGACAAGGUAAUAAAUGGAGCAAGUGUGGACGGCUGGGAGAGUGUCAACGUGUCGGUGGCUCCAAGCAUGAUCAGUGUCAACACUUCGGAUCCAGAUGCGCGACUAUUAUGUGAAUGUCGAGUGAGAUACCUGAGCUUCUUGGGUAUAGGAAAGAACGUAAAAUGUUGUGCAUUUAUCAUGCACACCGCGCAGGAUAAAUUUUUAGCACAUGUUUUCCACUGCGAACCAUCUAGCGGUGCAUUAUGUAAAACGAUAGAGGCCGCCUGUAAGCUCCGAUAUCAGAAAUGUCUUGAUGCUCAUCCGGAAGGUAGUGGCCGCUAUUCGGCCGACUCACACACGCCAGGAAAAGGAAUUGGAGCAACUUUAAAAAACUUGAUGAGCUCGUUCUCACUUAAAAAGGAUAGGGCCAGUUCCUGAGAACGAGCAAAAUCACUGCAGUAAAUCAAGCCCCCGAUUGUAAUUUAGGAAAUCUGGUCACUUGCCCCAGAGCGGGAGGUCAUCCCACAUCGGCACCUGCAGUCGCCGUUGAUAAGCAGAAAAAUCUUCGAGUAUCCCAGCAGUCCGUAGCAUAUAAUGCUGCCAGCAGCCUGGCGAAAAAUCACAUUCACCACCAGCACUAGCCGCAAAUCACCCUUAUCUUCGCAUUCCAUUGCAUCGGGCCCAUCCACGGCGCUCUCGUCGGAAUCUUUCUUCGUCAGGACGACGACAACGACGAAUGUGCCGUCCAUUAGCAGUAAAUGUAGCAAUCAUUAUGACGCAGCAGCAGCAACCGCCACCACCGCACCAAGAGCAACAACUACAGCUAACAGCAGGAAUCAACCUGCUACCAGCACCAAUUGCAAAACUAUUUAUGAUAGGAACAACAUUAACGAUAGUACUUUAAACAACAAAACCAGCAAAGAAAAUCCCCUGUUACCGUCGUGUUAGCAGAGUCACCUUUUCGAAGAAGGCAAUAUCAAUAGCGAGUACCGCCCAAUCGUAGACCAUUAUAAUUUUGAUUGGAGAAUGCUUAUAAUAAUUGCCAGUUGUCUAGCGGUUCAAUGUGACUUAACAAUGCAUAGGGUUAAUAAGAACAUGUAGAAAUAACAGGGUGCACCGUGUGACUGAUUUGGAAUGAUUGAUUUUUUUGCGCUCGUUGAAGCCCAAUUGUUUGGACCCUUACGCAGUAAGUUAACGUUAAAUAUGUAUAUGUUUCAACGUAUCAACAAUGGAUUCAUUAGAAAUAAUUUAUGGUAAAAUCUUUCUCAGUCGAUAUACGUAAUCUUCACGAAAAGUUUUUGCAGGAUGGUUGUAUAACAAUAUGCUCUGUGUGAUGUACUUCAUUUGCACUUGGUCAGGUGUGCCACUCGCUCUAAUUUUCUUCCAACUUUAUUUUACCCGAUAAUUAUUUUUCUAAGCAAACGAGUGGGACUAACAGAAAUAACACUAAUGUUUCUUUGUUGAACUACUCGUUAGAAUCUGUGAAUUUGGAAGGACGAAUUCUUUUCGUUUCUUAUUUUUUCUCUGUUUAUUAUGUUGACACUGUGCCUUUGCAUUUUUUUUUUGUUAAUAUCGUUAUCGGCGGCUGUUAGUAAGGCCAAAUGCACGACUUCUAGUCUGAUGUUCGUGUCUACCAAUACAUUACAAUGCGACUUUUUGCCGCAACAUACUCCCCCACCAAAUCCGACGUUUUUCACUAUGACGAUAACGCACGAAUGAACGAAUCGGAACGGAACGGAUUAACGAUAUGAAAUGUCAGUGGGUUAGCUUCCUUCUGCCUUUGGCGAACGACGUGGAUGGCAAUUGCCUUCUUGCCGUACAUCACUCUUACUACUGUGAAGAACCAAAAAAAGAACUGUAGAUGAAGUAGCGGAAUUUAUAUUUCAAAGCGGCUGUGAUUCACCCACACGGUAAAGCUCCACUGGGGAACUGAUUGCUAAGCGACUGUGAAAUCACCCACACCCCAAAGUUGCGCGUGCCUUGUAGUCAAUGUCAUCGUGUUGCCCCGUUGUUCGGAACACAUCCACUUGGAAUUUAGUGCAAGCAGCAAGCAAGGGAACCCAUCCCCUUGCCGCUACCUCUUAGGGAUUCAAAAGUAUUCGAGAACAUCUCAAACACUCGAGGUACUUAUAUCGUCGUUUUGGCCAAUCGUGUCUGUUUUUCCGAAAAUGCAUAGUUGUGCAUUAUCUCUCAUACGUGGUCUCGAUCAACCAACUCGCACCUUUAUCUCAUUAAUAUUUUUGACGAGGUUAGUCUACCUUUAUGUCAUUUGCUUUACCAAG